AUGCGUGUUCCUGAGUACAUCUGCAUCCUCAUUCUCACUCUUUGCUCACAGAUCGGCCGUGUUGAGGCUGCUUUCGGCGAUGUCCACGGCCCGCCUGUAUACGACAGCAGGACCUCAGACCAGGGAGUCCUUGCAGGCCUAUGUCCAGACUAUACAAGCUAUGCUCGUCAGAAGCAUAAACCUCUAAGCACGGGGCCGUUACAACUCCCUUACCAAAGGCCACAUUCCCACUGUCGCAAGUUCUCAUCCCCUGCGGUGGAACAGGUGAUCGAAGAUUUAUACCCUCGAAUAAAAGAUCCGGACCUAGCACACAUAUUCCGCAAUGCCUUCCCCAACACCCUGGACACCACAGUCCUAUGGCAUGUCGACGGGGUAAAGACGCACGCGCCCAAGUCGCGGCUGGCAAGAGAUAAAAACAAAUGGCAAGGUGCGCAGUCAUUCAUCGUCACGGGCGACAUCAACGCAGAGUGGUUGCGAGACUCGACCAACCAGCUGGCACAGUAUCAGCCUCUUGCCAGGUCUGCUCCGGACAUCUCCAAUUUACUGUUGGGCGCAAUCAAUACCCAGGCGGAAUUUGUGAUCUCUUCCCCUUACUGCAAUGCAUUUCAACCUCCAGACCCAUCCCACCUCCCCCCGGUGCAUUCGGGUCAAGAAGAUUAUGUGCACCCUGCCUACGAACAGGGCGUGGUCUUCGAAUGCAAGUACGAGCUCGACAGCUUGGCAGCCUUCCUUUCCCUCACCAACCAAUAUUUCAAAUCGACCGGAUCGACUACGUACUUGACGGAUCGCUGGUUCAAAGCUCUUGAGGCUCUUCUCAACGUUCUUGACACCCAGGCACGACCGACGUUCAAUACUGCCACAGGCUGGUACGAAAGGAAUGAAUACACUUUUAGCCGAUUGACCCGACUCGGCACGGAAACCCUUAGCCUCGAGGGCACAGGAAAUCCAUUAGCCGGCGGAACCGGACUCAUUCGCUCCGCAUUCCGCCCUUCUGAUGACGCCACCGUCUUUGGAUUUCUCAUUCCUGCAAACGCCAUGAUGUCGGUGGAGUUGGCCCGCGCUUCGACGAUGCUCAAGGCAGCCUCGAGUGUGUGGUCGGCUCCCAACGAAGCGAAGUGGAUGCUGACUGUGGCCGAAGACCUCCAAACCCGCGCGGAUACCAUCAAAGCCGGCAUCUACAAGCACGCCGUCACGACGCACCCGGAGUUCGGGGAGGUAUUUGCUUACGAAGUCGAUGGGUACGGCUCGCAUCUGCUGAUAGACGACGCCAACGUACCGUCACUUCUAUCCCUCCCACUACUUGGGUUUGUUGACGCUUCGGACCCCAUCUACCAGAACACCCGCCGCAUGAUCCUCUCGCAGCGCGGCAAUCCGUACUUCCUGUCCGGCUCCAAGUUCCGUGGCAUUGGCGGGCCUCAUAUCGGUCUGCGCAACGCCUGGCCCAUGUCGGUCCUCGUGCAGGCCAUGACCAGCACCUCGGACACCGAGAUAUUGCAGUGCCUUGACCGCGUCAAGAACGUCAGCCUGCUAGGUCUCAUCAACGAGAGCGUCGACGUCCAUCGCGGCGUGCGGGCCGGCGGCGAAGGCAUGACACGCAGCUGGUUCGCGUGGGCCAAUAGCGUCUUUGCGCAAACCGUCUUGUGGCUCGUUGACAAGAAGCCCGACUUGAUCCUCAACGACGAGGGGAGCGGCAAGAUGACGUACCGAGUGGGAGAGGGCUGGGUUGACUAG